AUGACAGCCCACAAAAACACCGAACUUGGUUCAUCUCGAGAAAAGCAAUUGGCAGACCUUCUCCGCGAAUGCUCAGACGAAGGACUUGGCUCGGAAGGAUUCAGCAAUGCAGUCUCGUUGCUCAGCAAGAAUUCAGUGAAUAACUCAUCGCCCGGGUUCCUGGGAAAGUUGGUCUCCGCGCCAUCCCCGCCUGGAACAGCCGCCGAUCUGUUCUUGUCGAUUUUCAACAACAAUGGCCAUGUGUGGCGUGCAUCACCGGCUCUCACGACGGUCGAAAAACAUGUCAGCAGAGAGUUGGCUAAACUGUUCGGCCUGGAGGGCCUACACGCUGGCGGCGUUACGGUGCCGGGGGGAGCUGCGGGAAACAUGCUCGCCCUGCUAGUUGCUCGCAACAUCGUGUCACCGGAGUCUAAGCAGCAGGGUGUCACGCCUGGGAAAUAUGUGAUCUUUGUCUCAGACGCAGCCCAUUAUUCAGUGUCCAAUGCGGCACAGAUCGUGGGGCUCGGCAGCGACUCGGUUAUCAGUGUGCCGGCAUUGGACGACGGGACAAUGGACGUCGAGGCUCUCGAAGCCGCAGUAGACGAUGCCAUUCAAAGGGGUAAAAAGCCGCUCUUCAUCAACGCCACAGCAGGUAAUACCGUGAAUGGCGCCUUUGAUUCUAUCGACAAAAUAGGGCAAAUCGCACGCAAGGCGAACGCGUGGUUUCAUGUUGAUGCCUGCUGGGGAGGGGCGGUUGCAUUCUCUGAUAACCUGAGACAUCUGAUCAAAGGAACUGAACUGGCCGAUAGUAUUGCCUUCAACCCCCACAAGAUGCUGGGUGUGCCUCUUGUUUGUGCCUUCCUGCUAACAAACGAUCUGCGGACUUUUUGGUUGGCCAACAAACUGAACGCGGGAUACUUGUUCCAUGAUAAAACGGCUGAAGAAUCUGAAAUAUCCGAAAAUGGAACAAAUAGAAACAACAACGAAUACGAUUGGAGAAACUCCAAGCUCGUGGAAGAAGCUCCCGAUGCGGUUGAUAUCCGGGAUUUGGCUUCUCUAACGGUACAGUGCUCUCGGCGGUCCGACGCAACAAAGCUGUUUCUACAUUGGAUUUAUUAUGGAACUAGAGGCAUAGCCCGCGAAGUUGAGCAGGCUGUUGACAGCGCACGGCACCUGGCCGCCCUCGUCAAGGCUCAUCCGCGACUGGAGUUGAUAGGAGAUAUUGAGAAGGUAUUCGCUCAAGUUUGUUUCUAUUGGAGACCGAAAGGAGAAGAGAAUGGAGCAUCGGAUGUGGCUCGCACGGCCGCCAUCAACAGCCACAACACUCGUGUUUUGUAUGAGCAUCUCACAGAGCACGGAUGGAAGAUCGACUAUGCUCCGUAUAACUCGACGGGAGAUCUCAAUUUCUCCUGGAUGGAAAGGUGCGUGAAAAGUGUCAAUGGUACGCAGUCAACUUGA